AUGGCUCUUGUCGCUGUCAGGACUCAGCCUUCUCCUUGCAGGAGGACUUACCAGGUUCAAUCUGGAGACUAUUGCGACAAGAUUGCCGACGAGCAAGGCGUUUCCUCAUACCAACUCGCAGCUGUCAAUGCGGGUGUGAUUAACGCCGACUGUAGCAACCUUUGGCCCGGUCAUAUCAUAUGUCUUGCCCGUGGCUGGUUCGACUGCUCACCCGUAGUCAAAGUUAACGCGGGUGAUACAUGUGACGCUAUUGCUGCUGCCGCAGGGAUUACCUUUAACGAUCUACGCUUUAACAACCCUAACAUCAACGAAGCCUGCAGCAACAUCUAUCCCGAUUCUUUGCACCCGGUUGCUACUGUUCUCCUCGAAUAUCAGCCUCCCACCUGGCCGACCAACUUCAACCUCACUCGUUUUCCCGAGCGAGCAACCGUCUAUAAGCAUUCCAUUGACACGGUCGCUCCCCACGGUAUCUACAAGCUUCGAGCCUUUGCCUUCAGUCAUCGAGUCCACACCAAGCUCUGA